AUGCAAGACGCGCAAAGAACGUCAUUAGUGUCUUCUAUAUCUCGGAAUGAAUCAAAGUGUGCUCGAUCAUGGGCAUCAGUGCGCAGUGACGUCUGGACUUUACUGCAUUACCGCACGUCGCUCAAGACACGUUCGAAGCUACAGCGCGCGUCCUAUAUCUUGGAAGUUUGUGUGCUGAUUCUUAUUACAAUAAAUGUGAUACUGGCCAUGUAUGUGUCAGCUUCGUCGAUUGGUCCUGCGCCGGUGACGUCAUCGGACUGGUAUGAGAUCUUUCUGUACGUCUCAACGGCGUUGUUUACCGUGGAGUAUGUUCUUCGUCUCUGGUCGUGUGUGGAAGACGACAGAUAUACACAUCCAGUCUGUGGCAGGUUGAAGUGGAUGGUACGACCUAUGUCCAUCAUUGAUCUUGUGGUGCUCGUUCCAUUUUAUCUGGAGAUCUUGCUGGAGCAUGAGAUUUUGAUAUCGUCUCGUGGUGUCUUGACACUGCGAGGUUUUCGACUUUUACGGAUCAUGUCCUUCCUGCACCUUGAACGGUCUUACAAAGCGAUGAAAAAUCUACGCGAGAUUUUUACGCUGAAGAAAGAGGAGUUCGGAGUGGUCAGCUAUCUCACCGUUGUCAUUGUUUUGACCUCCUCUACUACCAUCUUUUUCCUCGAGAAUCCAGCUCAACCUGACGUUUUCUCCAGCAUCGGCACGUGCUCAUGGUGGGCAAUCGAGACCAUUACGUCUCUUGGAUACGGCGACAUCGUGCCGAUCACUACUCCAGGCCGGGCUUUCUCGUCCUUACUGGCACUCUGGGGCAUCAUUUUGUUCACCAUUCCUGGUGCUAUCCUCGGAAGUGGUUUUGUCGAAGUCAUGCUCAAGAAACAGGGAAAGAAGAAUGAACAAGCGAUGGAAGAGUCGAUCCGAAUGUCAUUGACACGAGCGCUAAGCUCCAGCAACUUUACGUUUCCAGAUUCGCCCGUGAUAACGCAGUCAUUUUCAGUCCCAGCAUCGGCUUUUACCACGCCUCAGCACAACGCUUCGUUUCCUGCCUCGUCAACUCCAAUUUUGCGUCUUCAAGAACAAGUUGAUCGACUGAACACGACGCAGCUUCAACUUCAAGCACAACUAAGCCGCCAGGAAACUCAACUGCAGCAUAUCGUGACGUUAUUAGAGACAACGCUCUCCCAGUCACGUCCAAAACAAAAGACUGUGCCACCACCAUUCAGUGCCAUUGUUCACGAACCAAUUUGUUUUCAACCAAUGAGCGACUCAUUUGUCAAUUGCCCGUCAAACCCAAUGCAAAAUCCUCACGAAGAGAAGCAGAAGGCACUACUUCAGCGUAUCACUGGCUCAGUUGCUCGACUACAUGAGGUUCUUAAGGAGAUUAACACGCAAUUCGAGAAAAGCGAUGCGUUCCGGGAUGAAUUGACCUUCACGUGUCAAGUGUGGAAAGGUUAUGAAAGCCGUGUGCAAUCGCAUUGUGACGCUGCAAUUGCUGCAGGCCAGGAGCAGCAACAGCAGACACGAUGUUCUCUCAAAGCUGCUUUGAGCUCUUCUCGAAUGCACUACGGAAACUAA